AAAAGAAAAGAGAAAAAGGAAAAAAAGUAAAAAUCAAACAAAGGAAGAAAAGAAGAGGGAAAGGAAGGAAAAGAAAGGAGAAGGAAGCUGCUGUGAUGAACGCAAAAUAUGACCUUUUCUUUUUAAAAGUUUGUGCUGUCCCUCUCGUUUAGCACCAGCGUUGCUCAGCCCUUCCCUUCAAGACGCCUCGGAGUUGUUAAGCAUCUAGGGGUGACAAUUUGUCUUUCAGCUAGAGCGGAGGGCUGCAGCAGGCAGCAGUAGGUGGUGAUGUAAUAGGUACCAACGCACAUGGAUGUAUAAAUAUCGUGGUCAGGGCUGAAGCGCUAUGGCUGAGCAGCUAUAGAAGAUCAUCAGCACUUCAGACAAGACUUCUGGAGUUGAGAUCAAGUUCAGAAGCUCUUGCUCCCGGGAUUUCCUCUCCAUGCAGCCAGCCCAGGGAAACCGCAGAUCCUCGGGGGACUGAGAGCGGGGCUCCCUCUCUCCCCUCGCUUCUCUUCUUCCUUUUUUUUUCUUUUUUUGUUGUUGUCGCUGCUGGUUUCCUCUUUUCGUCCCCUUCUUUGACCUCAGUAUAAAGUGGGAACUGAGCGGACAGUGUAUUUUCGGACCGACCCGUCACCGGCCCGUGGCAACCCACCCUUAAACCGGGAUGUCUCUCCCCUCGGCUCUGCUACCAGCGCUGCUGCUGGGGCUACUGUGGCCCGAGGUUGUUCGCUGUCGGUCACUGCCGAGUCACCUCCCUGCCGGGUCCCGUCAGCGUCGCUGGGACGCUGCUCUUUUCGCCCGUUCCGUCGCUCGACUCCCGGCCGAACGCCGGGAUGCUGCCCGCGACGGCGACUACCUCCUGGGCAUCAAACGCUUGCGGCGUCUCUACUGCAACGUGGGCAUCGGUUUCCACAUCCAGGUCCUGCCCGACGGCCGUAUCGAUGGGAUCCACAGCGAGAAUCGAUACAGUCUGCUGGAAAUCUCCCCUGUGGAAAGAGGAGUGGUGAGCAUAUUUGGUGUCAGAAGUGGACUCUUCGUGGCCAUGAAUAGCAAAGGCAAACUCUAUGGAUCUACCCAUUUCAAUGAUGAGUGCAAAUUCAAAGAGAUUCUCCUGCCAAACAACUACAAUGCUUACGAAUCCAGGAUUUAUCCCGGGAUGUACAUAGCCCUGAGCAAAAAUGGAAGAACAAAGAAAGGCAAUAAAGUAUCUCCCACAAUGACAGUGACACAUUUUCUUCCUAGAAUCUGAGACAUCUCCCUUCAGACCUACCUCAGCACACGGGAAGACCCAGAACACGUUUGGGGAAAAGAAACAUGGCGCACUUUUACUGGAGACUUUUAUGGAAG